AGCGCCUUCAAGACACGGGAAGGGACGGGCGCCUUCCGCUGCCUCUUCGUGCUUUCCUUUCCCGGGUGUACUCCCAAACCCUCCUAUUUCCAGAGAUUAAGUGGUGCGUUCCGCGGCGAAAGGGAUCGGGGAGGCUUCACCGCCAUUUUGUCCGUGGUUUGUGAGCGGGGCGGGCUCAGCGCUGAGGAGAGGCCGCCGCCAGCAUGUAUAUUAAACAGGUGAUCAUCCAGGGGUUCCGAAGCUACCGAGAUCAGACUAUAGUAGAUCCCUUCAGUUCAAAGCAUAAUGUCAUUGUGGGCAGAAAUGGUUCUGGAAAAAGCAACUUUUUCUAUGCAAUUCAGUUUGUUCUCAGUGAUGAAUUCAGUCAUCUUCGUCCUGAGCAAAGGUUGGCUUUGUUGCAUGAAGGCACAGGUCCUCGUGUUAUUUCUGCUUUUGUGGAAAUUAUCUUUGACAACUCGGACAACAGGUUACCAAUUGAUAAAGAAGAAGUAUCUCUUCGCAGAGUCAUUGGCGCUAAAAAGGACCAGUAUUUCCUAGACAAGAAAAUGGUGACGAAAAAUGAUGUCAUGAACCUUCUUGAAAGUGCUGGAUUUUCUCGCAGCAACCCCUACUAUAUUGUCAAGCAAGGAAAGAUCAACCAGAUGGCCACAGCUCCUGACUCUCAGAGAUUAAAACUGUUAAGAGAAGUAGCUGGCACUAGGGUAUAUGAUGAACGUAAAGAAGAGAGUAUCUCCUUAAUGAAAGAAACAGAGGGGAAAAGGGAGAAAAUAAAUGAGCUGUUGAAAUAUAUAGAAGAGCGAUUACAUACUUUGGAAGAGGAGAAAGAAGAGCUUGCUCAAUAUCAAAAGUGGGAUAAAAUGAGAAGAGCACUGGAGUACACCAUUUAUAAUCAGGAACUUAAUGAAACCAGGGCUAAACUUGAUGAGCUUUCUGCCAAAAGGGAAACAAGUGGAGAAAAAUCAAGGCAAUUAAGAGAUGCACAGCAGGAUGCUCGAGAUAAAAUGGAGGAGAUUGAACGGCAGGUCCGAGAACUUAAAACCAAGAUUUCAGCUAUGAAGGAAGAAAAGGAGCAGCUCAGUGCUGAAAGACAGGAACAGAUUAAACAGAGGACCAAACUAGAGCUUAAAACAAAAGACCUGCAAGAUGAACUGGCUGGAAAUAGUGAACAACGGAAAAGACUCUUGAAAGAGAGGCAGAAACUUCUUGAGAAAAUUGAAGAAAAACAGAAAGAACUGGCAGAAACAGAACCAAAGUUCAAUAGUGUAAAAGAAAAAGAGGAACGAGGAAUUGCCAGACUGGCACAGGCCACCCAGGAAAGAACAGAUCUUUAUGCAAAGCAAGGUCGAGGAAGUCAGUUUACAUCAAAAGAAGAAAGAGAUAAAUGGAUUAAAAAAGAACUGAAAUCCUUAGAUCAAGCCAUCAAUGACAAGAAACGGCAGAUUGCUGCUAUACAUAAAGAUUUAGAAGACACUGAGGCUAACAAAGAGAAGAAUCUGGAGCAGUAUAGUAAACUGGAUCAGGAUCUUAAUGAAGUGAAAGCUCGUGUUGAAGAACUGGACAGAAAAUACUAUGAAGUGAAGAACAAAAAAGACGAACUACAGAGUGAGAGAAAUUACUUGUGGAGAGAAGAGAAUGCAGAACAGCAAGCUCUUGCUGCAAAACGGGAAGACUUGGAAAAGAAACAGCAGCUUCUUAGAGCAGCAACAGGAAAGGCUAUUCUAAAUGGCAUUGACAGCAUAAACAAAGUCUUGGAACAUUUCCGUCGCAAAGGCAUUAACCAACAUGUUCAGAAUGGCUAUCAUGGAAUAGUAAUGAAUAACUUUGAGUGUGAGCCUGCUUUCUACACCUGUGUUGAAGUUACUGCAGGAAACAGGCUUUUUUAUCAUAUUGUAGAUUCUGAUGAAGUUAGUACUAAGAUAUUAAUGGAGUUCAAUAAAAUGAAUCUACCUGGAGAAGUAACUUUUCUGCCUCUGAACAAGCUGGAUGUUAGAGAUACUGCAUACCCCGAAACCAAUGAUGCUAUUCCUAUGAUCAGUAAACUAAGAUACAAUCCAAGAUUUGAUAAAGCCUUCAAGCACGUUUUUGGAAAGACUCUUAUUUGUCGUAGUAUGGAAGUGUCUACCCAGCUGGCCAGAGCUUUUACUAUGGAUUGUAUUACUCUGGAAGGUGAUCAAGUCAGCCACCGAGGGGCUUUGACUGGGGGUUAUUAUGACACAAGAAAGUCUCGACUUGAACUGCAGAAAGAUGUAAGAAAGGUGGAAGAAGAACUAGGAGAACUUGAAGCAAAGCUCAAUGAAAACCUGCGAAGAAACAUCGAAAGGAUUAAUAAUGAAAUUGAUCAGCUAAUGAAUCAGAUGCAACAGAUUGAAACCCAGCAAAGAAAAUUCAAAGCUUCCAGAGACAGCAUCUUAUCGGAGAUGAAAAUGUUGAAAGAGAAGAGACAGCAGUCAGAGAAAACAUUUAUGCCUAAGCAACGCAGCUUACAAAGUUUGGAGGCAAGUUUACAUGCUAUGGAAUCAACCCGGGAGUCUUUAAAAGCAGAACUGGGAACAGACCUGCUGUCGCAGCUCAGUUUAGAGGACCAGAAGCGAGUUGAUGCACUAAAUGAUGAGAUCCGACAGCUACAGCAAGAAAACAGACAGCUUUUGAAUGAAAGGAUCAAGCUUGAGGGGAUCAUCACACGAGUCGAGACUUAUCUCAAUGAGAAUUUGAGAAAGCGCUUAGACCAAGUUGAACAAGAGCUGAAUGAGCUGAGAGAGACAGAAGGUGGCACUGUUCUUACAGCAACAACAUCAGAGCUUGAGGCUAUCAACAAACGAGUGAAAGAUACGCUGGCACGCUCAGAAGAUCUGGACAAUUCAAUUGAUAAAACAGAAGCAGGAAUAAAAGAACUCCAAAAGAGCAUGGAGCGCUGGAAGAACAUGGAGAAAGAGCACAUGGAUGCUAUUAAUCAUGACACAAAAGAGCUUGAAAAAAUGACCAACCGGCAAGGCAUGCUUCUGAAGAAGAAGGAGGAGUGUAUGAAGAAAAUCAGGGAAUUGGGAUCACUUCCCCAGGAAGCGUUUGAAAAAUACCAGACUUUGAGCCUGAAGCAGCUAUUUCGCAAACUGGAACAGUGCAACACAGAACUGAAAAAAUACAGUCAUGUCAAUAAAAAAGCUCUAGAUCAGUUUGUGAACUUCUCAGAGCAGAAGGAGAAGUUGAUAAAACGUCAAGAAGAGUUGGACAGGGGCUACAAGUCCAUCAUGGAGUUGAUGAAUGUCCUUGAACUCAGAAAAUAUGAAGCUAUCCAGCUGACAUUCAAACAGGUCUCAAAGAACUUCAGUGAAGUCUUUCAGAAGCUGGUGCCUGGGGGGAAAGCUACACUCGUGAUGAAGAAAGGUGAUGUGGAAGGCAGUCAGUCUCAAGAUGAAGGUGAAGGUGGUGCUGAGAGUGAAAAGGGAUCAGGAUCUCAAAGUAGUGUUCCUUCUGUAGACCAGUUCACUGGAGUUGGGAUUAGGGUGUCAUUUACUGGCAAACAAGGUGAAAUGAGAGAGAUGCAGCAGCUUUCUGGUGGACAGAAGUCGCUUGUGGCUCUAGCCUUAAUUUUUGCUAUCCAGAAAUGUGACCCAGCGCCGUUCUACCUCUUUGAUGAAAUAGAUCAAGCCCUAGAUGCCCAGCACAGAAAGGCAGUUUCAGAUAUGAUCAUGGAAUUGGCAGAACAUGCUCAGUUUAUUACCACAACUUUCAGGCCGGAACUGCUCGAGUCUGCUGAUAAAUUUUAUGGUGUGAAAUUCAGAAAUAAGGUCAGUCAUAUUGAUGUGAUCACAGCAGAGAUGGCCAAAGACUUUGUGGAAGAUGAUACUACUCAUGGCUAAGUGGCAGAGAGCUGUCAGCCUAUUGGGAAAGUCUGUAAAAUAUUUGUUUCUACACUGGGCAGCUGUGUAAAAUCUGAAAUACAUUGUGACUGUUCAAAAGCUAUUUUAACAUAAGUUAAUGGAGCAUCUGAAUAUUAUGACUUCUGUAUACAUUGGAUUCCAUUUUACAUAUGUGCUGUUAAAUUCUUUUAUAAAAUACCUGUUAAUUUUACCUUCAUACUAUACCUGUAGCUUUAAAAAUGUACUUUUAAUGUGUCUUUUUUGCUGUUUUAACUUUUUGGAGUUUUAAAUGCCAGUUCUUCCUUCCCAGUUACAAUUUUAAUGUUUAUACUGCUUCACAUGGUUUUUAAAAAUAGCUUCAAUAAAAUAAUUGUUUUUAAUGCUGUAAUUUAGAUACAUGUUCUUGAUAAUGGGUACUGCUAUACUGUCUACUAUCACUUCAUGUAGAAUGCAGUUUGUUUAUGUGUAUGGAGAUCAAUAUUUGGCAAUAGAGCUUAUAGAUGAAUUUA